AAUGCUCUGCCGCAGCAGAGUAGUAACCGAAAUUCGAUCCACAAAAAUAAAAAUCGAGAAUUAAGUGGGCCCGGAAGUGCAACUACGAGAAGUAAUACGAAAAGAAAGAAGGAUUAUUCAUCUUCCUGCUUUUUGGCAGCGGGCCACGAGAAGAAGGAGAGAAAAGUGCGAAAGAAAAAAGAAAUAAGAAUUGUAAUUGCAAGAAAAUAAAAAUACGGAAGCCAAGGAAACGUUGUCAGUUGUUGAAUAUACAAAAUUCUAUACAUGUUUGCGUUUACGGAUGAAAGUUCUUUUGUGCAAAAUUACUCGAAAUAAAUACAUACAUCAACAGCAUCCACAAGAAUCUCUCUCUGUUCGUCUCUCUGCGAAGCAGCAGCGGCAGAAAAAGAGAAACAAGAAUCUUUGCUGUGGAUUUGUUGGUAUUCCCCCCUGUUCCCCACCACCCACCAUCACACCAGAGGAUCGGAGAGAUUUAUGCUGAAGGCGAUUCAACAAAAUGGAUUACAAAUUCAUUGUUUUUAAUGCUGCCCGCGAUAAUAAUCUGCCCCAAUUGAAGGCCACCCUGUACAACAAAAGUUCCAGCGAGGUGGGCAGCCUCAUAUCGGCGAAAGUGAACGGAGCCACACCGCUGGUCAUCUCCUGCCGCAAUGGACACUACGAUAUUGUAGAAUAUUUAUUGACAAAGUGUCGCGCCAAUGUGGAGCAGGUGGGAUCCGUGAGCUUCGAUGGUGAGCCCAUCGAGGAUGCCCCGCCGCUGUGGUGUGCCGCCGCCGCCGGACACCUGGGCAUUGUCAAGAUGCUGGUCCGCAGGGCGGCAAAUGUGAACAGUACGACGCGAACGAACUCAACGCCCCUGAGGGCCGCCUGCUUCGACGGACACUACGAGAUCGUUAAGUAUCUGGUACAUCAUGGAGCGGACUUUGAGGUUGCGAAUCGCCAUGGACACACCUGCUUGAUGAUCGCCUGCUACAAGGGACACUACCGCAUCGCCCAGUACCUCCUCUCGCUCAAUGCGGAUGUCAACAGAUGCAGCGUCAAGGGAAACACAGCUCUCCACGACUGCGCCGAAUCGGGUUCCCUGCAGAUCCUGCAGCUGCUGCUAAAGCACGGCGCCACCAUGGAUGUGGACUACUACGGAAUGACGCCGCUGCUGGCGGCCAGUGUCACCGGCCACAUGCCCAUUGUGGAGCACCUGAUCACGCUGCCCUGCGUCAGCCGUGAGUCGCGGAUACAUGCCCUGGAGCUGCUCGGUGCCACAUAUGUGGACAGAAAGCGAGACAUGGCCGCGGCCCUCAAUCUGUGGCGUCGAGCGCUCGAGGAGCGCAAUGUGGAACCGCCGCUGACGAAGAAGGUGCAAGAGCCAGUGCCCGCCUACGAGAUGGUGCGCGAGGUGACCAACGUGGAGGAGCUGGAGGAGAUGGUGCUCGAUCCCGAUGAGAUGCGAAUGCAGGCCUUGGUCAUUCGCCAGCGCAUCCUGGGACCCACUCAUCCAGACACCAGCUACUACAUCAGAUUCAGGGGUGCCCAUUACGCCGACGCUGGACGCUUUGAUCGCUGCAUAGAGCUCUGGUCGUACGCCCUGACAAUGCAGCAGAAAAUCCUGCAGCCGCUCAGUCCCAUGACACAGUCCUCGCUGCUUUCCUUUGCCGAGCUCUUCAGCUUCAUGCUGGUCGAGGCGGGGCGCCUGCUGCCGCGUGGUCGCGUCGUGCCGCCCAUCGAGGCCGAUGGCAUGCUAACCAUUUUCUACAAGGCCGUCAAGGAGGUGGAACGUGGACAGGCCUUUAAUCUCGAGCAGCAGCAACAGCAGCAGCAGCAGCUGCAGCAGCCACAGCAGCAGCUGCUUGCCGCCAGCAAAUCCUGUUCAGCUUCCUCAUCCACGUCUUCCGCUUCGGCCACCUCCGCCACCGCCUCCACAACGCUGCUGUCGGCGCAUCAGCACGACUGCAAUCACGACCCGAACGCCCUCAGCCGCACCAUGAUAAGUGCCAUCCACAUCGGCUGUCUGCUCAGCUCGCUGCUGGACACGGAGAGCCUCAGUCCUGAGAUGCGCCGCCAGGUGAUGGGCGCUCUAUAUCGGCUCAAUCGUCUCAAGGUGCGCGUGCGCUUCGACAGAACGGCCCUGCACUAUUCCUGCUAUCGUGAGGGAACACUGGCUGGUCGCUAUCCCUCCUGCCAGUUCCCAUCGACGACGCUGGCGAAGGCCCUGCUGGAGGUGGGUGCCGAUCCGAAUGCCAUCGAUGAUGCGGGCAACACGCCACUGCAUCUGGCGGCCACACUGCAGCCGUAUGUGGAGCCCUUGGCGCACAUAUUGCUCGAGGGUGGGGCGCAUCUGGAUACGAAAAACUUUGCUGGGGAGACAUUCGAGAGCCUGCUGGGCCCCACGCCCAUGCACAAGAUCAUUGAUCCGAUGAAAUACACGACGCUGGCGUGCCUGGCUGCACGGACCAUAAAGAGGAACGACAUCAACUACGAGGGAACGGUCCCGGAGACACUCUACGACUUUAUCGAGCUGCACUAGAGGGAGAGCCGUGGCUUGGACGAGAGUCAACACACACUCAAUUCACUCGAUCGCUCACUCGCUCGAUCAAUCGAUCACACGCCUCCCCGCCCGCCAUCAACUAUAUAAUACCUACAUACUACUACUACGACUACUGUCUGCACGUGUAUAUUUAGAGAUGGAGAGAGAACUACGAUGAUGAGGAUGAGCUGCGGCCCUGACGGAGAGCGUUACUAAUUGACUAGGAACUGAUUUGUGAUCAAGCAAAACGCAAAGUGCCUGUAUCCAGGAUGCCGCAUCGGAACAGGACAGUGUAUAACGAAUUGACACAACGACAGAACCACAGAAUCACGAGACAGAAAGCGGAAUCAACAGAAGCAAAAAUCAAAGUUCCAGAGAACCAGAGAGAAUGGAUACCGAGAGUGCUGCUGUCUUUGAAUUUUGCUUGCAAAAAAUGUGUUGAAGCCUUCUUCUAUCUUAACUAUGUGUUCUUGCUAUUUUAUUUUGUAUGAAUUAUGAUUAAUAUAAUAUUAUGUGUAUGUGCUGCAGCGUCGGGGCGUGCUCGAGCAGCUUAACCCACGGCUAGCGCCUGUCUGGCUGCCACGCCGGCGACUCCUCAGAGCUGCUGUGAGCACGCCCCCCGAUGCGGCCCAAAUUGUUAUAUGCGUAACGAGUAUUUAGUGUUUAUGACCAAAAAACAGAAAUCAAGAAAAUUUAAAAAAAAAAACGAAAA